AUGACUGGCAAAUGGUUGUCCGUGUUGGUCGCGCUGGCGUGUUGCUCGAUGCUCCACACAGUCAUGUGCUCGUCCAUCCGGCUGGACCACUUACCUUUACGACCAGUGCCAUCCAACGACCCUGGAGUCAUUGAUCUCAUCGAGAUGCCCAACCCGGCACUGGACCCCAGGCCCUCCGACAUAAACUCCACGGCGCUGUUGGCCAAGCUGGCCGCCAAGUUCGACCCCAAUUGCAUGAGCCUGACAGCCCCUGAACACCUGGUGCCCGUCUCCGAAAUACCCUUCAGGAGGAAUCGACGCGGCCGAUUGGUGCCCACCGGCAAGAUGCCGACUGAGAUCCGGGAGCUGGACACCAAGUACUUCUCGCUUUCGGACGGCCGACGGCUCCGGACCCGGAUAACCGGUCAACUGCGCCGGAAGAUCCAGCAGUACCUCUGGGGCCGUACGGCGUGCCCGAUGCACAGACAGUGGAAGGACCUGGGCCAGCGGUUCUGGCCGAGGUGGCUGCUCGAGGGUCACUGUCCCAAGGGCGAGACGUCGUGCUCGGUGCCCGCGGGCAUGUACUGCCGAGCCACUAGCAGCCAGUACAAGACACUGUUGCGGUGGCACUGUCGCAGCCCUAAUGGCGCGUCGGCCGUACUGCAGCAGUACAACAGUCUGCCUGGCGCGAAGUCGACGGGGUCGGUGGUCAACCAGAUAAAGGUGUGCCAGUGGAUCAAGGUGGAGUACCCGGUGGUGACCGAAUGCGGUUGCGGUUGCGCGACUGACAGCACCGAGUGA